AUUCACAGUUGAAAAUAGGUGCACAGACUGAUAAAAUAAAAAAACAACCGUACAUUCCUCGUUAAGUCUGCGAACUGUGAUCACGUUCUUGAAAUGGACGAAGAAACCGUCGUGUUCGAGAUCCAGGUCGACAAGAAAGUCUUCGAGCAACUCUUCAAAGAAAACAAACACUUCAAAGAUAGCUACGAGCGCCUCGUCAAGAGCGGGAGUUCCCUAAGAGCCCUACACGACGAGAUUGCAACCUUAAAGCUCGAAAACAAAAAUUCAGAGCAAACCAUCAAAAAUCUUGAAAGUGAAAACAGCAAACUGAAAAAUUUGGAACCAGACUUCCAAAGCAAAAAGAUCGAAGAUCGACUGAGCGAAAGUAGCGAAAAUGUUACAAACUUAGCCGAAGAACUCCGAAAGACUAAAAAACUGCUAUUAAAAGCGGAAGCGGAAAACAGGCAAUUGGACAAAGACAAUCUAAAUCUGGAGCUCCAAGUGAAGAAUUUAAGUAGGAAAUUGCGACUGGAAGAGGAAAGAAACAAAUCGAACGACUUAGCCCAUGCGGAAUGUAAACUGUUGAAGCUAAAAUUGCAAUCGGUCGAGAACGAGAAAAAGUACCUUCUGGAAGAGUUCGAAAAGGAAAGAAAGAUCAUAAGCAAACAAAACAAACCCAGAGUUGCUAAGUUGGAGGAGAACUUGAAGUACCUGAGGAGAUGGAUAGAAAAAGAAGCCAGAGAACGCCGUCCUCACGAGUUAGAAGAAGUAAAGUCUUUGAAGGAGCAAAUACAUAUUCUGGAGAAUGAUAAAAUCGACCUUAUCGAAGGAUUCGAGUUGGAACGAAAAAUUUUCCAAAAAAUCGUUAAAGCAAACGGGAAUUACGACCUACCUUGAUACAGAGCGAUGUCCAGCAGCCUUAAAUUUUCAUUUUUUCCUAUAAUUCGUACACACUUGUUUGAAUAUAAAUUCACCAAUUUAAUCCCCAAUAAAGUAGCGUACAUUAUGAAGUGGCCGCUGUAAUCAAAUACAAUGUUUGCUAAGGA